AUGGAAGACACAGAUAAAGGUGUAUCAGAAUGUCAGAAUAGAACAUACUUAACUGCCCUAAAAAGAAUCUACCGGCAAACGAUAAGCAGAAACGUCUUGCCAGAGGAAAUGAUGCCGCCUAGGGAGAGAUAUCGUCAUAAGGGACAAAAGGAAGAAACGUUUGUGUUAGAUAACGGUACUGGAAGCUGGAGUGACGUCCGCGAAGCUAAACGUAUAGCCAUUUUAGCUUCUCUGGUACCUGACGAGAUAAUUUACAAACAUUCCGAUUAUUCUGUUAGACCAUAUGAAACUGCACUCAUGUUUAUAGAUGUUUCUGGUUUUACGGAACUUUGCGAAACAUAUACUAAAGCCGGUCACGGCGGUCCGUCACGUCUCACUCAAGUCUUGAACCUGUAUAUUGGGGCAAUGGUCCAGGAAAUACUGACGCAUAAGGGUGACGUAUUAAAAUUCUCUGGUGAUGCCUUCCUUUGUAUGUGGAAGAAGUCAUCAAAGAUGAAUAUGCAGGAUGUGGUACACACUGCUAUUGAUUGUGGUCUGUUGAUUCAGAAGAAUUAUGGUCGGUAUUACACAGAUGUUGGUGUUACUUUAAAAGUAAAAAUAGCAAUAGCUGCCGGUUUAUCCCAAUUUUCAAUCGUCGGUGGUCACGACGAAUGCCAAUCUCACUACGUGGUGGUGGGACAGCCUGUGUGGGAUGUUAAGAUAGCGGAGUAUAUGAGUACCGCUGGGGAUGUUCUCACAUCAGCUAGUGCUUGGAUGUAUGUUAAUGAGUCUGAUUACUGCACGCAGCCAUGUGGCGAUGGACGGCAUACAAAGGUAUUGGGAGUAGGGGCCACAUGGAAACGAGUUAAAAAGCUGCACUCAUCUGUAAAUGUCCAUACUGAUCCUGAGAUCCUUAAAACUUGUGGUGACAGUUCAUCACAAAUUGAAGGAAGUCCUACAACUGGAAUUAACUAUAGAGAAUUUACUUAUAAAAUUAUGAUUGAUUUAGUGAGACCAGCGGUGAUAACAGCAAUGCGUAGUACUUGGUGGCCAGCUCUUCGGCGUUAUAUGGCACCGCCAAUACUAAGGGCGGUAGAUAACGAUGAGCCCAUGGAUUUUCUCACAGAAAUUCGCCAUGUUGUGGUGGUGUUUCUUAAUAUUAUAACACGAACCGUCACUGAGGAUGUACUCAUUGAAGUCGUGAAUAAUGCUUUUAAAAUUGUUUGCUGUGUAACAUCAAAAACCGGUGGUCUCGUAAACAAAGUCUCAAUGUUUGAUAAAGAUAUGAUGUUUUUGAUGGUGUUUGGUCUUCGUGGCUUAAAACAUGAAGAUGAAGCUCAGAACGCUCUGUUGUGUGCCAACAAGUUAAAAGAACACUUAAAUGAUGUGAAUAUAACAACAGUUAGCGUGGGAGUAACAUCAGGUUCCACUUAUUGUGGAGUCGUGGGUCACGCAUUACGCCGCGAAUAUACUGUUAUAGGAUCUGCAGUUAAUAAGGCGGCGCGACUUAUGAUAGCGUACCCUAAUAAAGUUACGUGCGAUAAAGAAACGUUUCUAAGAAGUAAACUCGACCAAGAUUAUUUCAAGUUAAUGGAAGCUAAAAUUCUAAAGGGAUUCACUAAUCCUGGACCAAUUUACGAAUUUAACCGUUCUAGCACUAAGAGAGUCAGCUAUUCUCAUCCAAUAUUGGGCCGUGAUGAGGAACUCCAAGUUUAUCUAUCUACUCUGAGGAAGGCCAUUGAUGAAUACUCUAAGAAGUUCACGCGAUAUAGGGACCAUAAAUUUGCAGUGGCUAUAGUUGGUUCUAGAUUGGCGGGAAAAAGUCGUUUGAUGGCUGAGUGUCUCAAUAUUACCCCUAAAUUCGUGGAGAUAGAUCAAAUUAUACUUACAGAAAACGAUAAUGUACCGUACCAAUUACUAAGACUUAUUAUGGGUCGGCUAUUCAAAGGUAUUGCACGAUCAUCGCGGGAAAAUCGAGAGAGCAGAAUAAGAUUUACAUUGGACAUGACAUCACUUCGUCCUCUAGAAAUCUAUGCCAUCAAUACAAUAUUUGACUGUCGUUUCCCAUUGCCAGAGAGCUUUCAGUACGAUGACAGCGAAGAUUUACUCAAAGAGUAUCAAGUUCGAAUUUUGAUGCAGAACAUUUUUGAAGCGAGUUUCAAGCAACUACGCGUGGUGGCUGUGGCAGAAGCUCAACACAUUGAUGAUGAAUCUUGGAAAGUGCUGUUAUUAAUCCUUCAAUAUAAAAUAUGCUUUGUUCUACUCACAAUUACAGAUGAGGAAAAACUUUCGCAUGUGGGUCGUUCGGCCUUAAGUAACCACAUGAUCGUAAAGUUGCAAAUAUCUGGAAUCGAUCGUCGAUAUCUCGCUGCCCUUGCGUGUCAAUUGUUGGAUGUGCAGGCUAUACCUUCUGAGCUUGAUAAGGUGAUUGAGAGUGCAAGCGAUGGUCUUCCUGGUUGGAUUCAAAAUUUUCUAAUUUGUCUGGUUCAAAGGGAACAGUUGACAAUGGUAACUGUACCGCGAACACAGGCUUUAGAUACUGGUGCACUUACUCCACCCACAUGCCUUCUAAAGAAGCCCGAUGGCAAAACUAGCAUAUCUUCAGAGAGCUUUAGUAAACCAGACAAGGGAUGUGACGCCAGUAUUGGAGAAGACCGUCAAAGCGAUAUAAUUCAAAUGGCUGUUCUAUCCAAAUAUUAUAAUUUCGAUGAUGUCAAGGUGGACAUGAAGAUGGACGUUUUAAUACUGAAAACCUACGACUCGCUAACACCGUUUGAGAAAAUGCUUUUAAAAUGCAGUUCCGUUUUGGGCGAUGUAUUUUCUCGAAGGAUGCUUCUGCACUUACUGCAAUGUGAAUCGCCGCGAAAAGUUGCAGAAGCGGUGGCAAAAUUAUUUUCUAUACGAGUAUUGGAAUGCGAAGGCGGUGAUUUUACUCGCGAUCAUUCGAGGGUACUUAUUAAUGCCGCACCAGUUUGCAAGGAAUAUGUUCUGCCUUUUUGUUUUUGUCUCGGAACUAAGCGAUUGAACGAUUGCGAUGAUCUACCCGCUUUUGCGUUUUGUGGUUAUAUGAAGUUUAGACAUACGCUGUUUAGAAGUACCACCUACGAUUUGCUCACUGAUUGUCAAAAGAGAGAAAUGCAUUCACGUGCCUUGCUGUAUCUUGAGAGGUUCACACGGAAAUGUUCGUCUUGUGGUUAUGGUUGCUUUUCACGGCUUUUUGGACUUAGGUGUGAUGAUGGCUUAAAGAAAGAAACGGAAGAUUUAAAACAAACGCGAGAGCAAAUACGUACUUUGAACGCAGAGUCAAAAGUCUCGGAGAGUAAUAUUUACAGCGCUAUCGGAAAUAUUAACGAGUGUGGAUUCAUUAGCCGUCGCGGUUCAAAAGCCCUAACUGACUCAGAAGCUGAUUUGAGGCGCGUCAGUCGUUCCAUUCAAAUCCGAAAAGACACGAAAAUUCCAUCUUUCUCAUCAGUUGAGGUGAACUCUUGUGAAUGUAUGCCUAUACUACUAACUGCAUAUUCUCAGGGUAUAAAUCACUGUCGCUGGGCUGGUGAUAGUGAAAAGUUGUUCGAGGCAUAUUUAGAGUACGCCGAUUUAAGUAAAUUGAACGCUAACAUUCCCCAAGCGAUACAUCUCCUGUAUGAAAUCGAAGAGAUAAUAAAACGCGAUGAUUAUCAUCAAGGUAAAGGCAUAAAAUGGUUAUUUGACUCAAAAUUGGCAAGGAUCUAUUCGUUGCGUGGCACUUGUUUGUUGGAGUGUGGCGAUUUGAAGAAGUCCCGCGAAUAUUUGUACUACGCAAUGAACCUCUUUAAGGACCCAUUUCCAGAGACAAAAAAUACUAAAAGGCUUCGAAGCUAUCUAUGCUCGGUCAACCAAGUCAUGGCAUUAUAUGCACCAAAGUUUUAUGUGGGGACUGAAAGUGGGGUCGUUGCGGACUUUUUUGAGAGUAUUGCUUGGAAUUUAUGCAAUCUUUUUAAAUUAUUCAAGGAACUAAAGGAAGAACAUAACGCGGCUUUGGCAGCAAAAUGGUCCCUCAAUUACGCUAUUAAAGCAGACAGCAACUUUCGUCUUCUAUGCACAAGCUAUGGAAAUGUGAUAAAUGUUUAUCGACAACAGCAAAAGUUUAGAUUAUGUCGACGUUUCGAAAAUAAAGCGCGGGAGUUGUGUAACCGGAAACGCGGCCAUGUUGACCUCAUGGAGGCGCACGCAGUUGGUCAUCUUUAUACUAACAUAUUUCUCUACAAUGUCCAACGUGGAAAUAAAAUGGAGAGUUUAGAAUUCGGUCUUUCAGUAAUGCGAAUUAUGACGGAUUUAUCAGAUAUUACAACGAGAGAAUCGCUAAAUUUUUGGAUAUUAAAGUUACUUCUUACCGAGCUACGAAUUCACCAAAUGGUGUCUAUAAUGAAGGAGGUUAUGUACCAGGAGCACAUAGAUGUGAGCACGGAAGUCUGGUACCACUUUUAUUCUAUGUCAAUAUUUUUGGACACCGGGUACUGUGUUGAAUCGUAUAAAACGUGCGAGACAUUUUACGUACAGAAGGGCGAUUUCUUUUUAAGGUCCAAGACUCCGGAAGCCGGGUGGAACUUUUAUGCUUGCAUGUGGCUUUUUACAAUACGAGUAGGUAUGUGGGAGAAAAGUGUUAUAUGGAAUGAUAAAAUCGAAGAAAUCCAAAAGAUGGAAUCAACAAUACAUGAAUAUUACGCAUCAAUGAUGUUGAUGGUGGUCGAAGGGUAUAUGAUUGAUUUAGUACGAGAGUUAAAUAAUAAAAACAUUAAGAAAGUAUUGUAUAUCGCUAAAACUUUGAAGACAUUAAUGCCGAAACUGGUGGUUUCUUGUAAACAUUAUCCAAUCUUUCAAUCAAGAUAUUACCUUCUCAACGGCUAUUAUAACUUCAUUAGACACAAGAAACAGUGUGCCUACAACUCUUUAAAAAAGGCUUUACAAAUAGCAAAAAAAUAUUCCGACAGAUUAAUGAUAAUUUGGAUUGAACAUAAUAAACAAAAUUGGAAGCGAACCCUCAACCCUAGAUUAGAAAAUUAUUGGUCGGAACACGUGGAAUCUGACACCGUACUAAAUUACAAGACAUACGAAGUCGAGAAAGGCAAGAAAAUCAUACCAUAUACGCUCCCUAUUCCAAGAAUAUUUAUAUGA